AUGUCAGAUAAUGGGCCAGAUUUGUGGCUUGAGAAGAUCAAGAAAUGUCAGGCUUUGACGGAGUCUGAGAUGAAACAGCUAUGCGAGAUGAUGAAGGAACUCUUAAUGGAAGAAUCGAAUAUUCAGCCGGUUCAAUCGCCGGUGACUGUUUGUGGUGAUAUUCACGGACAAUUUCAUGACCUUUUAGAACUAUUCAGAACUGCUGGUGGGUUUCCUGAUCAAGUAAACUAUAUUUUUCUUGGUGACUAUGUAGAUCGUGGUUAUUACAGUUUGGAGACGUUCACACUUCUUAUGUGUUUGAAAGUGAAAUAUCCUUCCAGAAUUACUUUGGUUAGAGGAAAUCAUGAGUCGAGGCAAAUUACACAAGUUUAUGGGUUUUAUGAGGAAUGUUUAAAUAAGUAUGGUUCCACAACGGUUUGGAAGUAUUGUUGUCAAGUGUUUGAUUUCUUAACUUUGGCAGCUAUUAUUGACGGGAAAAUUUUAUGUGUGCAUGGUGGUUUGUCUCCCGAGAUUAGAAUGCUUGAUCAGAUCAGAGUUCUAUCGAGAGCCCAAGAAGUUCCUCAUGAAGGUGGCUUCUCCGAUUUGUUAUGGAGUGACCCCGACAACGUGGAAGCAUGGCAAGUCUCACCUCGUGGUGCCGGAUGGUUGUUCGGUAGCAAAGUCUCACGAGAAUUUAAUCAUGUGAAUGGCCUAAGCCUAAUCGCAAGAGCUCACCAGCUAGUUAUGGAAGGAUUCAAAUACCAUUUUCCGGAGAAGGAUGUUGUAACGGUAUGGUCUGCACCUAAUUAUUGUUAUCGAUGUGGUAAUGUGGCGAGUGUCAUGAAAGUCGAAGAUGAUUUAGAUCCAACAUUCAAAAUUUUUUCCGCUGUACCUGACGAUUACAUCCAAGAAACAAACAAUAAUAACCAAAGAGGUGGAUAUUUCUUAUAG